AUGAAAUUUUCUUAUGCACAAUUGAUGAGUAAUGAUCCAGAUUAUUUAAGUUGCAAAAAGCAAGAAUGCAAGAAAUACAAAAAGAACGGAGAAUGCCAGAUCAAAACAUGCAGUGGUUCUUUAGUGUUUCAUGUCGUCAACAUAAGAACAGACAUUGAAUUUGUGUUCUUUGGUGGCGGAUUUGCAACACCUUGCAUUUUCAGUAGGUCAAAUCCUCUUAACUUCGCUAACGCUAAUCAACCUUUGUACGGUCAUCUCUCAAGUAGUGAUUCAUCAGGAACAUCUAUGAGAUUGACAUGGGUUAGCGGAGAUAAAGAGCCUCAACAAGUUCGAUACGGGGAUGGCAAGUCAGAAAUAUCACAAGUUACUACUUUCACUCAAAAAGAUAUGAGUGGUUUACAAACUAGUCCAGCCAGGGACUUUGGAUGGCAUGAUCCAGGUUACAUACAUACAGCAGUUAUGACAGGGCUUCAACCUGCAUCUACCAACUUCUACAAAUAUGGAAGCGAUUCUGUGGGUUGGAGUGAUGAAAUCCAAUUCAAAACACCACCAGCUGGUGGAUUGUUGGAUCAAGAGCUCAAAUUUGUUGCAUUUGGUGAUAUGGGGAAAGCUCCUCGAGACGCUUCAGCCGAACAUUACAUUCAGCCAGGAUCUCCCUCGGUGAUAAAAGCGAUAACUGAUGAAGUAAAUAAUGGAAGUGUAGACUCCAUUUUUCACAUUGGAGAUGUAAGUUAUGCAACAGGCUUUUUGGUUGAAUGGGAUUUCUUCCUUCACCAAAUAAAUCCGGUGGCUUCUCGAGUUUCUUAUAUGGCUGCGAUUGGAAAUCACGAGAGAGAUUACAUCGGUUCAGCUGGGUCACUGUACACAAAUUUUGACUCAGGAGGAGAGUGUGGAGUUCCAUAUGAGACAUAUUUUAAAAUGCCAACUCCAGAAAAAGAUAAACCUUGGUACUCCAUAGAACAAGCAGGUGUUCAUUUCACUGUAAUUUCAACAGAACACAAUUGGUCAAAGAAUUCAGAACAGUACGAAUGGAUGAAAAACGACAUGGCCUUGAUCGAUCGAUCAAAAACACCUUGGCUAAUUUUCACAGGGCAUAGACCCAUGUACAGCACUGGAAUUGGAAUAUCAAAUGUGGAUAAGAACUUUGUUGAUGUUGUUGAACCAUUACUAUUGGAGAACAAGGUUGAUUUAGCUUUAUUCGGACACGUUCAUAACUACGAAAGAAGUUGUUCAGUUUACGAAAGUCAUUGCUUCUCCAUGCCUGAAAAAAAUGAAAACGGAAUCGACACAUAUGAUCACAGCAAUUACAGUGCACCAGUACAAGUAGUUAUCGGUAUGGCCGGUUUCACCCUCGACAAAUUCUCUCUCGCUGAGAAAUGGAGCUUAGUGAGGAUUUCUGAGUUCGGCUACCUAAGAGCUCAUGCAACAGCACAAGAACUUAAACUAGAGUUUGUGGCUUCAGAUACAAGAGAAGUGAAAGAUAGCUUUCGCAUUACAAAAAAGACAAAGUAG